AUGCUCGAUCAGAUCAAUUGGGCACUGGCCUGCUGGCUGCUGAUAGUUGUAGGCAGCGAGUUCAUCCACCUAGCCGUCACGAAGCCGAUCGGAUAUCUUGCUCCUAGUUCGUGGUUGAUGAACUUGGUUCAAGUCCUGCUUGAUGUCCUUAGCAAUGGAGAAGCGCGCAAAUUAAGCCCAAGCCUCCGCCUGAUCGAUGUUGACUCCGAUGGUCCGUCUCCUCACAAUCACUCAUGGAUCCUAAAUCAAAUCUUCGUCAACUUCAGCAACCACGCCACCUCGAUGAUGCCCAUGACUGUCGGAGUCUUCAAGUUGCCAAAGGGCGCCAGAAAGACAACAGAUCGACAGAUCUAUGCCGCUCAUUUCAUUAAUAGCUUCCAGUUCUCAACACUCAUGUGGACCUAUUGGCACGGCGAUCCAUCGCUUGCAUUUUUCGACGGCCUAGCGCUCCUGACGACAGCUUUUGUAUGGUUGAUCUGGAACAGCCCGCAUUCUCAACAGAGCCCCAGGGCUAGAAGAACCAACAGAAAGGCGCACGGGACAUUCAUCCUAACGGCCGGCCAUCGAUCCCGACAUGCUAUGGUCAUCAUCAGCGAGGAGGGAUCUGGUAUUGAUAUCGAGAAGCACGCGACAUCGACCCACUCCCUCGGCUUCAGCUUCUGGACCUUGGUCGCCUUCUUCAGACUAGUAUGCUCAGCACUCCUCACGAUCAACAUGCUCCAACUCCCAGCUACUGGACCCAUCGUCGCAGCUUCUCUUCUGGGCGUUGUGUACAACGUGUGGCUAGCUUUUCAGCCCGGUGGUUAUGGCAUCGACAUGGAGUUUGUUCGUACUGUGAUAGCCACGGACGGGAAGGUCUCCACGCUCGUUGACCGUCUGGAGGAUGCAGUCAGAGGGGCGGGUGGGAUGUUGUUAUUAUUCAUGGGGUCUGCCCGGCAUCGCGAUGCAGACAGUGACUCCCUGGGCGACUGGAUGGUGUGA